UGGGUAUUGAGUGUAUGAAACAAAAUGGUAUACAAAGUUAUCUGUAAGGGAUUCAAAUAUGUUCCUUGGUAGUUCUGACGAGAUCAGACUGAUCGUGUUGCUUAAGAAAAAGCAAAUCAUCCUGUGUUAAAGAAAAAGCUGAAUUGUAAUCGGCUUCAUGAGGCGAAAUAGUCGAGGCGCUCAUUCCACUAAAGCUACUACUAGCAAUACUUCCCACGUCAGUAGGAGGACCCCUUAUAUUCUUACUAUGCUUGCGCUCAUUACCGGACUCGGAUAAUGUUGUGGUAGUUUCCAACAUCCGUCUGAACUUUUUGGCAGCUUUACGACGUUUCUUUUCCGCUAGGUAGGCUUCAAAUUGUUCCAAUCGACGCUGUUCUGCCGUUUUCACAACCGGUUUAUUCUCGGAAGGAGGGCUGAUAUCGUGAUCAUCACAAUCUGAUUGAUUGCCUAGUAGAGGUUCAGUUGAUUCAUCGAGUUGAUUCGACGUGUUGUCAUUAACUUUUGGUGUCCAAGUUAUGAAAUUCCAUAGAGAUAUAAAGUAUUGACGUAGUGGUUGGAUGACAAGUGCGUAGAGCGUAUCCGCGUAUGAUAUUUCAUCAAUGGACCUUAUAUUAUCUAAGGUAUUUGCUAAAUUUCUUACUAUUUUUACUUACAUCUUGGUCGUCACUUCUGAACGUUAUAAACAUUAUCUGAAACGAUCAUGACUUCAAUUUCUACAGAAGAGCUUAUUGAAAAUAACAAAGAUAUAUACUUGAAAUCAUCUCAACACGCUUUCUUAACAAAACUCGGCGAAAGUACCCUCGAUCCCACUGCUUUGGAGAGAUUCCUAAAUCAAGACAGAGUUUUCGCUUUAGGCUAUUCAAAAUGGCUCGGUACUAUUGCUGGUAGGAUCCCAUUACUCAAUAACUCAAAUAUCGUUGAGGAUGAGGAUGUGAAGUUGCUGCACCUUAUGAGUUUCGCUAUCAGCAACGGGUUGAGAGAAGUUAACAUGUUCCCAAAUACACUCAAAAGUUUGGGGUUGAAAUACGAAAGCGUAGACGCCAACGCAGCUUGCCACGAUUACAUCAAAUACCUGUACAGCUUACCAAACAAUGAUGAAGCUAUAGUUGCGCUCUGGGCACUCGAGAAGGUUUACUUGGAUGGUUGGGGAUAUGCCAAAUCACUCGCAAAGGACUCCCCCUAUGCCGAACUCUUGAACAACUGGACCGCACCAUCGUUCGUACAAUUCGUCGACAUUGAUCUCAAAUAUCAAGUCGAACGCAUAAAAACUAACGAUAUCAGCAAAUUCAACGAUAUAUUUGCAAAAGUUUGCCAAUUGGAGAUUGCAUUCUGGGAGAGUGCUCUCUUACAAUAAAAAUUUCACUGUCCGAUCAACAUGUACCGCUGAUAUAAAACAUUUAAGAACUCAUCAUUCUCCUAUUUAGUUGUCAGAAGUUACUACUUUUGUAGAACGACCACUCACUAAGAUUAAUGACGCUAAGG